AUGGACACUGAACGUGAACCAGACGUUUAUGUGAUGGAACGAGUCAACAUGGGCGAUUCACCAGCGCCGGCUAUUAGCACAGAAGCGGUUUAUAAGACUGCAAAUUUAUUUCAGGAAGACAGCCCAGAGGCUGCUGUGAUGCUGAAGAAGUCCAGCUAUGUAGAUGACCUAAUUGAUUCCCGUUCCAAGAAACAGGAUGCUCUGAAACUUGCUUUCGAAGCAGAGAAUAUGCUUGCCAAAGGAGGCUUCACAGUCAAGUGCUGGCAGUUUAGUGGCGAAGAGAAAACUCGUUCUGGUAAAGAACUGCAACAGACUGUGGCGCAGGAGAAAAAGUCGAACGAUGUUGAGCGUCCGUUGCUGAAGGGAAAUGAUGCAAGCCUUCGCAUCCUUGGUGUCGGAUGGAAACCAAAGGAAGAUGUCGUUUUUGACGUUACCCUCAAUUUCAGUCAAAAGAGACGCGGAGUACGCAUCGGACCCAACUUGAUGCUCAAUGAUCUGCCUGAAGCUUUACCGGAUAUCCUAACCAAACGGAUUGUCCUUCAACAGGUGAUGAAAAUUUACGACCCUCUUGGUUUGAUCUGUCCUUUCACCCUCAUCGGAAAAAUUUAUCUGCGAGAAACAUGGUCCCGCAACCUGGGAUGGGACGACCAACUCCCUUCUGAUCUUCGUACCAAAUGGGUAAAGUUUUUUGUCUCCCUGUUCGAGUUGGAAAAGUUGAAUUUUCAACGGUGCCUUCGACCGCCCGAAGCCGUGGGCAACCCUUGGCUUGUUAUACUCAGUGAUGGCAGCAACAUCGCCUAUGGGUUCGUAGCAUACAUCCGUUGGGUGUUAGUCAAUGGUAACGUUUGGUGUCGGUUGAUAAUGGCAAAGUGUUGCGUUGCCCCCGUAAACAAGCUUUCGACACCUCAGAUGGAAUUGAACGCUGCGGUACUAUCAAAGAGAGGGAGAAAGAUUAUCGAAAGAGAAAUGCGGUUCCAGUUCGAGCGAGUCUUACAGAUCGUUGACUCCGAGACUGUCCUUAAUAUGAUUAACAAGACAAGCACAAGAUUCAAAGUUUAUGAAGGUGUCAGAUUAGGAGAAAUACAAGCUGCUACUGAUGGUGACAUGGGUUGCUGGGCGUGGAUAUCGGGCAAGGAUAACACUGCAGACUGGUUAACAAGAGGACGAUCUCCGGAAGAAAUUAAUGAAGAAUCAGAAUGGUAG